GUGUUGUUCGACAGCAAUUCAGCUCCACACUGACCGUACCAAGUUGCUGCUCGCUGGUGCCAACGCCCGGCGAAACAGACGAGCUAGCAGAGAUACGGAGGUACACUGCAGCUAACGUUGUUGCCAGCAGUAUCAGAAAAGCACAGAGAUGCAGACUAUCAAAUGUGUGGUGGUGGGGGAUGGAGCAGUGGGAAAAACCUGCCUAUUGAUUUCAUACACCACCAACAAAUUCCCCUCUGAAUAUGUACCAACAGUGUUUGACAACUAUGCAGUAACUGUAAUGAUCGGGGGUGAACCAUACACCCUUGGCUUAUUUGAUACAGCAGGUCAGGAGGAUUAUGACAGGUUACGACCACUAAGCUACCCACAGACGGAUGUCUUCUUAGUCUGUUUCUCAGUUGUUUCACCUUCCUCAUUUGAGAAUGUUAAAGAAAAGUGGGUUCCUGAAAUAACUCACCACUGUCCCAAGACCCCGUUCCUGUUGGUAGGCACUCAGAUUGAUCUGCGUGACGAUCCCUCCACAGUGGAGAAGUUAGCCAAGAACAAACAGAAGCCAAUCACCCCCGAGACAGCAGAAAAGCUGGCUCGUGACCUUAAGGCAGUCAAAUAUGUCGAGUGCUCCGCCCUAACACAGAAAGGAUUAAAGAAUGUGUUUGAUGAGGCAAUACUGGCUGCCCUGGAGCCCCCUGAACCUAAGAAAAGGCGUAAAUGUGUACUGCUCUAAGUUCCGUCGCAGCCUUCUCCACACCACUUACCAAAUCUAGGUUAACAGUACUGAAGAGGUUUGUUGCACAAGCACAUUCCAGCAUGAGUUGAAAUACCGUGAAAUAUUUUGCCUCCUGACUGACUUAACCUAAAUACAUAUUCAAUGUUGAGCAUGAUUUUUAAGAUUGAGUAACAUUUUGAUGCUGUUUGUGAUGAUUUGAUGCUGUUGAAAUGGCCUUACAUGGUGUGAACACUGAACACUUAAAAUAUAUAUAUCAAUAAAUUGUAGAGGACACUUCUAAAUAACCUUUCAGUUCAACCACAUUAUGUUUUAGCGUUCACUUAGCAGAAAGGCUGUUCCAAAAGGACUAUGAAAUGGGAUUUUUACUACUGUUUUAUUGACUGCCUGUAAAGCACAAACAAGCUGAUAAUGAUGACUUAGCAAGAUGCUCAAAUUCUGUCUUUGUAUGUCCUACAUCUGUUUCUUACUUUUCUAGUAAUUCUCUUCAUGUUUAGCAUUUACACUAUACUGUAUGUUCUUAACACGCAGGGCUGCAUUUCAUUGCCACUGCCUCAUUCUUCUGGUGGGGUAUACAGCGAUAUAAAUCCUGCUAAAGUCUUAAAACUCAAAUAUUUUGUUUUCCAAACAUUUUUUUAAGAACACAUUACUCAAAGGGUUAAUAGGAGUCAUUUUAUUUCUCCACAUAAUUUCAUGUUCAAUGUCAACAUCGCCUACGGGCAGAUCUAAGAAGUAUUUGACAGUUAGACAUUUCUAGGCUAUGCUCCAUCUCACUUCUAGUUUGCCAAAAACAACCUGGCAAAUUGACGCCUGUCAGAGUCCAGAUCCGCAGAGGCUGACAAAGAAGUGGGAAAUGUACGGAGCUAGAUGUUUAAAUACAAUGUGAACACGCCAUUGGAAGUCUUGUAUCACAAAUAGUCACUGUCAGUUUAAGCCACUACACGCAUACAGUUUCCCAGUCCUUUACUUUUUGUGACAGACAUCAGUUAACAUGAAGGUGAUGUGUAUCUUUUACUGCUUAUCAACACAAGUUGCAGAAGUUUAACUUUGUAGGUGCAUUUUAGCAAAACCAGGGUAAAGAACUAUUUUGAUGACUGAAAAUACUUGCAGCAUUGUUACGUCAGCAACACAUUGUGACAGUUCUUACAAAAUGCUAUACAUAGUUUGAGAUCCUGUGAAGUUUUUUGAAUGACUGAAGUAGUAGUAUUUGCUUUUGUCUUUUACUAUAUCCAUGCCUAGAUGUGGGCUUGAAUUAGAUUUGUAAAUACAGUGAGAAUAACUCAUAACUUAUUGACUGAAUAAAAAUGUGUGCAUUACUGAUACAAAGACUUUAAAAAGAAGCUGAGGUGACACUGAAAUCAAAUUAACCAGAAAAUGUUGAUUUGCAAUAGAGAAUGAGUUUCUUGGAGUCUUUGAUCUUUAUUCAAUUUGACAUCAAAGUUGUACUGUAUCUUCCGUGUGAUAAAACGUCACAAUAAACCAGUAUUAUGAAUAAAACUAACUUCAAAUACUAUA